CUUUUAUCAAGGCCUUUUUAUUGUUUAUAUAAUAUAUCUUUAAUUUAAUCUUUAAGCUCUAUUAUUAUUCUAUAAAUCCCCAACGUCACCGCCGCGAUGCAGCAGGUGCCGCUGAAAGCCUGCGCAGCCUGCACCAAGGCCAAACGGAGAUGCAGCAGAGAGGUCCCCUGCUGCAUGCGGUGCCGGGUCCGCGGCCUGGACUGCACGUACGCGGGGGUUUCUGCCUCGAGCGUUGUAACGUGCCCGCUCGCCACGCCGAACACAUGGGACGCCCUGCUCGACGACGCCUGGUCCCCCGUCCUGUCCCCAACAAUAAGCCUACCCCUGGUAAGCCUGCCCGCGGCGUGGUUCCUCCUGCCUGAAACAUGGACCGUCCACGCCCUGCCGCGGUCGCACCUGGCGCCCGUCCGCCCCAACGCGGCGUGGCGGUACAUCCGCACCGUGCGGGGCUGGCUGGCGGACUGGGUGCACUGCGCCGGCAAUGCCUUCUGCCACCCGCAGCUGUAUGCGGCGGAGCUCCCCACCUGCAUUGCGGACGCCAUUACGGGUGUGGCCGCAUAUCUGGCCCGCACCCCGGCGUCAGAGCCGCUGAUGUACCGCAUCCUGGAGUCCCGGGCGGCCGACCUGGUGCGCCAGCCGCCCCCGCCCGCGCAGGACUGCCGGACGCAGCUGGCGCGCGUGCAGGCUCUGCUUGCCUACGCUGCCAUCCGGCUCUUCGACGCCGACAUCCGCCAGCGGUACCAAGCCGAGCAGCAGCUGCCGGCGCUGAAAGCAUGGGCGCACGCCCUGCUGGCCAGUGCGCGGGAGAUGAAGCUUCCCGACGGCCGGUGCGGAGACGUCGGGGCGACGGAGCGCUGGCACGCGUGGAUCGUCGCCGAGAGCGUGCGCCGCACCUGGCUUGUCGCGCAGUCGAUCUGCGCCAUGUUUUGGACCAUGCAGCGCGGCUCCGCGGAGUGUCCGGGGCAGCUGGCCUUCACGGCGCGGCGCGGCGUCUGGGACGCUGCCUCGUCGGGCGAGUGGAUGAGGGCCUGUGGCGACAAUGUCGACUUGAUGCACCAGACACAGCUGGAGCUGGUGGAUCUCGAUGAGUUUGGGCAGGCGUUCAUGGAGCUGACGGUCCCCAAUCCAUGUUUGCUGGGAGCUCAUGGAGGAUAGAGUGAAUACAUCAAUAAGUUACUAUCAGAAGCCCCGGGGACUUUCUCAACCACUCAGCCAUAAAAAGUGCCAAUGACAGUCCUUACUAAGAAUUGGGGUAUUUAUCCUCCAACAGUCAUCUAUAUCGACGGCCUUUAGUCCAGCAUUGACAUUCAAUAGACCUUGGAUCAGAUAUCCUCCUUAUUCCCCGACUU